UUGUAGCAUUUUCUAAAGAAUCACGAGCUUCUUUCCUUGAAAUUUUAAACAAUAAUCAUAUAAUUCUUCACCUUUUUGAACCAUGAUGAAUUCAAGAAUUUUCAUUACCAUCGUGCUAUCUUGCAUAAUUGCUUCGAUUCAUGCAUACGAUCCCGAUGCCCUUCAAGAUCUCUGCGUUGCUGAUAAAUCUCAUGGAACCAAGUUGAACGGGUUCCCAUGCAAAGAAAUGUCAAACAUCACAUCGUCCGACUUCUUCUUCGGCGGAAUCUCAAGUCCCGCCGUCAUAAACUCCACGAUGGGCUCAGCCGUGACGGGAGCCAACGUAGAGAAGAUCCCAGGGCUCAACACUCUCUCAGUUUCCCUAGCACGUAUAGACUACGCACCGGGUGGCUUAAACCCACCUCACACUCACCCACGCGCCACAGAAGUCGUUUUUGUCCUCGAAGGAGAGCUCGAAGUUGGGUUUAUCACAACAUCAAACAAGCUUUUCUCACAAACCAUUAAGACGGGUGAAGUUUUUGUUUUCCCAAGAGGACUUGUCCAUUUUCAAAAAAACAAUGGAAAAUCUCCAGCAUCUGUUUUGAGUGCGUUUAAUAGUCAGUUACCUGGAACGGUUUCUGUUGCGGCAACACUUUUUGCGGCCGAUCCUGCUUUGCCGGAAGAUGUGUUGACAAAGACAUUUCAGGUGGGAUCUAAGAUGGUUGACAAGAUUAAAGAAAGGCUCUCUACCAAGAAAUAAUUCAAUUAAAUGUGUAAAUGUUUCAAACUUUGAAAGUUUUUUUUUUUAAUAAAUGUUGAUGUAACUAAAAAGAAAUUAAUACUGUAAUUGACUGGUUUA